GUUUGUCUCAAAUGGUUUCCAAAGUUCAAGGAGCAGUCAUCGAGAAUGGCGUCUCUGAGAAGUUGCGGGAGGGUCAUCCCAUGGAAGAAUGCAAUAGGAGUGCAGAGAGGUUGCACCGUUCUUCCUAAGAUUGAACAGCGUAGAGAUAAAAGCGAUGGUAUUAUUAAAAGUAAUGUCUUUAACGGGUUCAAAGGAACAGUGGGGAAUACGCCGCUCAUUAAGCUGGAGAAACUCAGUGCUGAAACUGGCUGCAAUAUUAUGGCCAAGGCAGAAUAUCUGAACCCAGGUGGCUCAGUGAAAGACAGAGCUGCUUUGUAUUUGAUAAAGGACGCUGAAGAAAAAGCCCUAGUUGGUCCAGGAGGUACAAUCGUCGAAGGGACUGCAGGGAACACUGGCAUAGGAUUAGCACACAUGUGCCUUGCUUUGGGUUACAAAUGUGUCAUUUUCAUUCCUGACGACCAAUCUCAAGAAAAAAUUGAUGCCCUUGAAGUUCUUGGUGCUGAUGUCAGACCUGUUCCACGUGCCCCAUUUGAUGAUCCACGAAAUUUUAACAAGCUAGCUAUGGCAUAUGCUGAGGCAACAGAUAAUGCAGCCUGGACCAAUCAGUUUGAUAACAGAGCCAACAGAAGGGCACAUUAUGAAACAACUGGUCCAGAAAUAUGGGAACAAACAAAUGGCAAAGUGGAUGCUGUUGUAUUUGGUACUGGUACUGGUGGGACAUUAGCAGGUUCUGGUAUGUUUCUGAAAGAGAGGAACCCAGAUAUAAAAGUAGUUUGUGCUGAUCCACAAGGAAGUGUGUUAUACUCCUAUUUUACUACUGGGAAAAUUGAGAGGACCGGUUCUGGCUCAAUUACAGAAGGGAUUGGACAAGGUAGGGUUACUAACAAUGUUGAAGGUGCACCAAUAGACUUUGCCUUGCACAUGGAAGAUACAAAAUCAGUUAGAAUGACAUUUGAGCUUCUGCACAAUGAAGGAUUCUUUGUUGGUGCGUCAUCUGGCCUAAAUGUUGCUGCUGCUGUAGAUCUUGCCAAGGAGCUUGGUCCGGGCCACACUAUUGUUACCUGUCUUUGUGACACUGGACAAAGAUACUUUACUCGCUUGUUCAGUAAGAAAUGGCUUGAAUCCAAAGGACUUUUAGAUUGCAUUCCUGAGGAUUAUAGAAUAUCUUUGACAGAAUAAAAGAAUGUAAUGAGCAAAUAUGAUUUACAAAGUUUAUAGUUUUUAAGAAAUAAAGGAAAAUUAUUCAAGUCUUUAGAAGCUCA